CUCCCCACGCGGGCGGGCUCGGGUGCGCCUUGUGCGUUUCGGCGAGAUUUUCCUCCCCACGCCCUGCCGGGUGACUCCGCCGCCCUCACUGCUUCGACUCCUGCUGCCUGAACCAUGUCCGCGAGGGUGGCCCACCCUCAGGACCCUCACCACCCGUCAGAGAAACCUGUCAUUCACUGCCAUAAAUGUGGGGAGCUGUGCAAGGGUGAAGUGCUUCGGGUCCAGACCAAACAUUUCCACAUCAGAUGUUUCACCUGCAAAGUGUGUGGCUGUGACCUGGCCCAAGGGGGCUUCUUCAUAAAGAACGGAGAGUAUCUCUGCACCCUGGACUACCAGAGGAUGUAUGGCACGCGCUGCCAUGGCUGCGGGGAGUUUGUGGAAGGAGAGGUGGUGACCGCCCUGGGCAAGACCUACCAUCCCAACUGCUUUGCUUGUACGAUCUGCAAGCGCCCGUUUCCACCCGGUGACCGAGUCACGUUCAAUGGGAGAGACUGCCUUUGCCAACUGUGUGCACAGCCGAUGUCUUCCAGCCCUAAAGAAGCCUCCUGCUCUGGCAAUUGUGCUGGCUGUGGACGAGAUAUCAAGAACGGGCAGGCGCUCCUGGCCCUGGAAAAGCAGUGGCACUUGGGUUGCUUUAAAUGCAAGUCCUGCGGCAAAGUCCUCACCGGGGAGUACAUCAGCAAGGAUGGCGCUCCGUAUUGCGAAAAGGACUACCAGGGUCUCUUCGGGGUGAAAUGUGAAGCCUGCCACCAGUUUAUCACUGGCAAGGUCCUGGAGGCAGGUGACAAACAUUACCACCCUAGCUGUGCACGAUGCAGCAGAUGCAACCAGAUGUUCACAGAAGGAGAGGAAAUGUAUCUUCAAGGUUCUACCGUUUGGCAUCCCGACUGUAAGCAAUCCACCAAGACCGAGGAAAAACUGCGGCCUACCAGGACUUCUUCCGAGAGCAUUUAUUCUAGACCAGGCUCCAGUAUCCCUGGGUCCCCAGGUCAUACUAUCUAUGCAAAAGUGGACAAUGAAAUCCUGGAUUACAAGGAUUUAGCAGCCAUUCCCAAGGUCAAGGCAAUUUAUGACAUUGAACGUCCAGAUCUUAUUACCUAUGAGCCUUUCUACUCUUCGGGCUAUGAUGACAAACAGGAGAGGCAGAGCCUGGGAGAGUCUCCAAGGACUUUGUCUCCUACUCCAUCAGCAGAAGGGUACCAGGAUGGGCGGGACCGGAUGAUCCACCGGUCCACCAGCCAGGGCUCCAUCAACUCCCCUGUGUACAGCCGUCACAGCUACACUCCAACCACGUCUCGCUCUCCCCAGCAUUUUCACAGACCUGAUCAAGGGAUCAACAUUUACCGAAAACCACCCAUCUACAAACAGCAUGCUGCCUUGGCAGCCCAGAGCAAGUCUUCAGAAGACAUCAUCAAGUUUUCCAAGUUCCCAGCAGCCCAGGCUCCAGACCCCAGCGAGAUACCAAAGAUUGAGACGGACCACUGGCCUGGUCCCCCCUCACUUGCCGCCAUAGGAGCUGACAUGAGACGCAGAUCUAGUGGCAGAGAGGAAGACGACGAGGAACUGCUGAGACGCCGGCAGCUACAAGAGGAGCAAUUAAUGAAGCUCAACUCGGGCCUGGGCCAGUUGAUACUGAAAGAAGAGAUGGAGAAGGAGAGGGAGAGCCGGGAGAGGUCCUCCCUGGCCACCGGGCGCUAUGAUUCUGCCAUCAACUCAGCUUCACAUGCUCUAUCAUCGAAAACCUCAUCUCUCCCAGGCUAUGGGAAAAACGGGCUUCACCGGCCUGUUUCUACAGACUUUGCUCAGUACAGCAGCUAUGGGGAUGUCAGCGGGGGAGUGCGAGACUACCAGACCCUCCCAGAUGGCCACAUGCCUGGAAUGAGGAUGGACCGGGGUGUCUCCAUGCCUAACAUGUUGGAACCAAAGAUAUUUCCAUAUGAAAUGCUGAUGGUGACCAACAGAGGGCGCAGCAAAAUCCUAAGAGACGUGGACAGAACCAGGCUAGAGCGCCACUUAGCCCCAGAAGUGUUUCGGGAAAUCUUUGGAAUGUCCAUCCAGGAUUUUGACAAGUUACCUCUUUGGAGACGCAACGACAUGAAGAAAAAAGCAAAACUCUUCUGAGUACCACACAUAGACAGCAAUUAGAAAAAGGACCGACCAUGGCGGUGACACAUAGGAUGUUGUAGUGAGCCCCAAACUUGAUUGGAGACUUUGCAAACUACUGUCCCUCAGCAACAAAAGGGAAAAUCUGAUUAAAACACCCAUGAGCCAAAUGAUGGGCCAGCCCGUGGCAACAUUCGCCCAGAAGCAGUGGGGUAGAAAUGUCUGUGUUCCCACCCUCGACAGUAGUGUUCACGUGUGACCUUUUUCCAUCACCUUAUGUGCACAGCAGGAGCUACUUUGUUUUCUUUCAACUGUUAUUCAGUAAUAGUGUGACUGUAUGGGUAAGAGCCGGCAAGUGCCCUUAGGAUGCCGCAUGGACAAAAGCAGUUGUAAUAAUUCCAAAGUACGAGUAUAUUUAUUAUGUAGCGCCGCGGCUGAGAAGGAAGAGCCCGAGGGAUAGAUCCACGUGGCAGCAGCCUUUGCCCUCCCUUUCCUCACUGGCCUCCUGCAGCCCUGCCUGGGCUUCAGCAGGAGGGAAAGCAGAAUCGGAGCCCCCGGCAGCUCUGUUUCAAUAGCCACCAAAGUCAUUUUUAACAUGGCUCCUUGUCCCCUACUGUUUGCUAGGACCUGAUUGGCAAAUUACUUAGC